CACUCGGGGAUGUUCGGCCAGGACGAAUCGUCGAGCGUGGACCGAGUGCUGGGGUUUCUUCGGGAGUGGGACCGAGGAAGCGACGCGGCUCGGAAGCGGAUGCUGGAUUCCUUCGUGCGGCAGAACUCCGGGAACUCUUCCGGCGAUCUGGAGCUUCACUUUUCACAUGUGUCCAGUCUGUUCUUGGCUCGGCUCAGUACAAACCUGAGACUUACCUGCAUGUUUGGCGCGUAUUUGGGCCUCCAGCUGAGGGCGGUGGAGAUCUUCCUCCGUGCGACAGACCAUGACCAGUACCGGAGGGAGUUUGUGGAGCAUGGAGGGGUUCUGACGUUGCUGGACAUCCUCAGUCUGACAAACAUCAAGGAGACGGACAAAUCCCACGUGGUCAAACUUCUGCUCAUCAUUUCAAACUCCGGACCCAAGUUCAGCGAGAUCAUUUGUGAAUGUGAAGGAGUCAAAGCCAUCACAGGAUAUUUGUCAGAAUCACACGUUACUGAAGUACAAGAGACCUUCAACCUGCUUGAGUCUUUGUUGCUUGAGAGCUCCAAGUAUCACCAGCAAACCUGCAAUCAUCUGAUCAAACUUUGGAGUUGCAGCUCUGAAAAGGUCCAGAAGCUGGUUACUCACUGCCUUCACACCCUCCUGGGUCAGAUGGCGUCUGGUCACAACAUUGUUCAGCCUCUACUGAACACACUGACAUUGAUGAACCUUGACGUCCAGGAGGAAGGUAAAUGCCUCCAUGUCAAUACACAUAACCUGCAUACCAGCUACACAAGACUGGGCUUCUGUGUCUUUGUGUGUCUUCCAGCAGCCAUUCAUCAGAUUCUAGGUUCAGUAGAUCUCAAGGUCCGUCCUGCUCUGCUGACUGGUCUGCUGGCUCAGCUGCAGCCUCCUGAGGACACAGCAGAAGAAAACUUUGAGAACAUGAAAGGUGUCUUUAUGCAACAGGCUACUGCAGCAAAAACAAUAAGGCUGCUGUGUCAGAGCAGUCAAGAGGUCUCGGCUGAGCUUCUCUCGCUUGGAGUAGUCAAGCGUCUUUUGUUCUUGAUGGGCAAUAGACGCCAUGUUGACUCACAGAUUCAAGCUGGCUUGACUCUGAAGGUACUGUAUUUCCUGCCUCUGCUUGCACAUGUGACAGAUCUUGAACUCAUUCAUUCCCAGUACUUUGUGGACUCCUUCCCGGUCGUCCUGACCCAUGUGAGCAGAGUAAUGGGGGCAUCACUGUUUAAGGCCUUCAUGCAUAAAGCUGAGGAUUUCUGCACGAACAUGACCGAAACAGAAGCUGCAAAUCUGCAGGCAAAUGAGGCUGAACUUGUGUUGGAUGUCAAAGACUCAGCAGCAGUUGUUCAACAAUGACAUUGUAUUGUGUGUACAUUUGUACAUGCUGUCUUUCAUUUAUAAGCAACGUAUUAACCCUUGAUUUUGUAUACG